AUGACAGAUGAGUUUCUGUUUCAAGACAGUAAGAACCAUACUGUCUGUGUAAAUCCAACAAAAGGAACUUUAAACGAGAAGCCUAUAAAAGAACUUCUUUUGAAAGCAGAUGUUGACAACAAAGCUGACAAAGAGUAUGUAGACGAUGCAAUAGCAAAAGAAGAAGAAAGAGCAGAUGCAACAUAUGCAACAAAAGAACAUACUCAUCCUGAACUAGCAGACAAAACAUAUGUUGACAAUAAAAUGUCAAGUGAAGUGACAAGAGCUGAAAACGAAUAUUCUAAAAAGACUCAUACACAUACCAUUGCAAAUAUUACAAACUUACAAGAAACCUUAAACAGUAAAAGUGACGUUGGACAUACACAUACCAUUGCAAAUAUUACAAACUUACAAGAAACUUUAAACAGGAAAAGUGACGUUGGACAUACACAUACCAUUGCAAAUAUUACAAACUUACAAGAAACCUUAAACAGUAAAAGUGCCGUUGGACAUACACAUACAUCUUCUGAAAUAACAGACUUAAACGUUAGCCUUGAAAAGAAGGCAGAUAAGAACCAUACACACGAUUUCUUCGCAACUGUUGGUAUAGAAAAUAUUGCAGGAACGGUUGAAGAACCUGAUGGAACUGGUGGGGAUGUAUUAAAUUGGAAACCUCCUAACUUUCCACAAGGUUUAACAUCGGAUGAAGACAUAACAACGAUGAAAUACACUAGAUGUAGAAAUGUUUUUGUCAUGGAGGAUGAAAACAAAGUUAAAUUCACUGCUCAAGAUUUAUAUGACAACAAAGCUGACAAAACAUAUGUUAACGAUGAGUUAGAUAAGAAAGCUGACAAAACAUAUGUUAACGAUGAGUUAGAUAAGAAAGCUGACAAAACAGAGCUUCAAACGUUAAAGACAGAAAUACUUCAAACACUAUAUCCUAUAGGCUCUAUUUAUACGUCAAUGAACUCUACCAGACCAGAAGUAGUACUUGGUUUUGGAACUUGGACUCAAAUAGUCGACAG